CCAUCCCCAGCUUCUGGGCUCGUCCCCGUCGGUUAGCAACAUCAGCUAUCAACGGCCAUCCACGCAAUAUAGGUUUCACAACGCGUACCCACCUGUCAUCCCAUCCAUCUGACACACCCACGCAAUCAAUCUGCCAAUAUACCCACCCACCAGGCUGCCGGCACUGGAUGGUGGUUCGAUUAUACCAUCUCGAUCGUAUAGCCCAAGCCAAGACAAGUCCUGGGCUGAGCAAACCUACCUACCCUUUCAUACGAACCACCACUACCACCUCAACUCCACGCAUCAUAUGCACAUGUGUUGUAGCCGCUGCUACUGCGAACUGGCGUGCUGCAUGCCACACCCUAUUAGCGGCAACGGCAGGCAAGCACCUCCAACCAUCCACUGGCGGCCAGCCCGUCUUGGUGAAGUAUGAGUGUGUGCUGCUGCCGGCAAUCUAAUUCUUGAAUGGUUCUUCGUCCAGUAGGGGAAUAGAACGGCGAGGAGUCGAGAGGGAGGGAAGCCUGGGCUGCAUGAGAGUGAUGUAUGCGGGCGGCCCGAUUUGGAAGUUGAGGGUGUUAACAAUCGAGAGAUUGGUGGAAUUCAUGUUGGGGGGUGUGGACGUGGAAAGCAGCAGACAGGAAAGAUGAAUGACGUUGAAGUCGUCAUUAGUUGUUCUGAAUGAAAGCCAGCCUAGUCUACUUUGUAUGUUGGGUACAUAGAGAUUGCCACUGCUAGCUGACCUCUGGCAUGGAUCAACACUGCGAGUUGGUGAAGGGUGUGUUGCCCGUUAAUGUCUUGCUUCUUUCCUCGGCCUCCUGAUGUCGGCUUCAUCGUCGGUUGGCCGGAUAUCGUGCGCGGUGGUGGCAACGGUGGUGAUGCUGCAUCACGCACAUUGUCAUUCAUGCCACUCGUUUGGCAUCGCUGAGAACCAAGUGACUAGCACGAACACGUACAUGAGCCACUGAAGACAUGUAGAUCGGCGUGAGAGGCGCCAAGUACACCUCUGUGUCGGUUAUUGGCUGAAAAGGGAUGGGAAAGGAUGAGACGAUGCGUAUUAAAUGUUGGCUGUCCCCGGUGCUUUGUUCGUGAGUAAGAGGUUUGGGAGGUUUGGUGACUCGAGAAUGUCCAAACAGGAUUUCAUCUUAGAAAUCUCGGGCCUGAAAUUCCACAUUGCUCUUUCCAGGUUACCCAAUCCUCGAUGCUUCCUUCUUCACAUAAUGGAACGCACCUGCCUCAUGGCCAAUGUAGCAGGUAUCUUGCGUCAUUGUCAGUUGAGUGUUUAGCGACCAUGGAAGGUACGAGGUGAAGACACCGACACACCUCGGAAAACACCAUCCAUCGACCCUCAACCGAGCUCAACCACGUCCAGCAGACCCUCGAGAUGUACUCAACCGUACAGGGAGCCAACCUCAAAGUCAUGAGUUAACUAUGCCAGCAUUGGUGGUCAGUGCACCGGUCUGCCUCCGGUCUCUGUUAGCCUCUUCCGGACCCACCUCAUCGGCCGCAACAUUCACGCGCCCGGGCGCAGAAUUGCCAUCGAACUGCAUACCGACCGAAGAAAGCUCCCAACGAAGAGCGAGACUUGCCAAAACCUAUCAGCUACACCGAGGCGCUGGGGUUGAUCCGGACAACAAGAAUUCAACUUGAUCUGACAGUGUGGUCUCGAGGAAGCAAUGCUUAGGUCUAUUUUCUUGCCCAAAGUCUAGCUGCAGCCCUUUCUUCUCAUUUCUGUUUGGAGUGUGACCGUUACCACUCAGCUGUCAAAUGCUGACUACUCUUACAGCCAGCUGCGGAACUCCCAUAUCCUCCUUUGCAGUUUUACCAAAUAAGAUCAACUUAGUACCGACACCAGCCGUGAAACCACUUGAUACACCCGAGGCAGAGCGUGCACAAGUGUAUACUGCCAUUAUAUCAGACCGCUCACCCGAACCCCUCGUUCGUUGUAACAAGGCAUGGAUGGCUACAUUCUUGUACCACAUGAGAAAUACCUCACCUCAUGCUCUCGCAAUCUUGGCACAUUGGACCUGAACUUAUAGAGAAUGUCCAACAUCCUACCCUUUUCCUAAAGCCCAGCCGAAACAAGCAUUAUUCACCAGCCGCGACCAAUGUCACCCAGAGCUUCACCGGUCUGGAACAACUCCCAAGAUGCGGGGGAUCUCUCCCCAGUUGCCCAGAAUCCAGAAGCCUAGCAGCCCUGUUACCCCAGAUCUACAAUUCAGCAUUGGACAACAGACUUACACAGCAGUUUGUGUCCAUCCCAUCAGGUCUCAUCGAGCCACACCGCCCCAAGUUAACCAUCCACCGGCAUUUGCACAUACAAUUACAUUUAUGCCACCAACCACGGACCAUCGUCCGCCCCCUUCUUCCUCUCACAUUGCCUCUCAUCGGACAUAACCGCCCCAAUCUUUCCUCGAUUUCACCCAUCCACCCACCCGUCGUCAAGAGCGGGGGCUAA